GAUCAUUAUUAAAAAAAUUUGUAUUCGUUCACACACACACGUGUGAUCAAAUAAUAAGCGACUUAUUCCUUGCAAACGUGUUUAUUAGCAGGCUUGAGUUGCUCAUUCGGCGCCAUAGCUCUGCAAUAUUCCAAUCCUCUUACAACCACCCGUGCUGAAGAGGGAAGUUAAGAGGAACGUUUUGGGAAACAAUGGUACAGUGUAUGUCGGUCAGCACCGUUCCCAGAAGCAGUAGUGGUGUCAAUGGACCCGAUCAUGUUUCGAGGAGAAAGUUCAGAUUUUCGGAGACAAGUCAUGUAAUUUUUGGUGUUCAAAGACAUGGAUUUGGGGGUCCCUUUUUGCCCCGCCAAUCUUCAAUUUAUGAUGUUGGUAUAGAGAAACAACGAGAUUUUACUGUUAAAGCUGGGUGGCUAUUUAAAGGAAAUGAUAAAGAGUCAGAUGCAAGCAUAGAGCGUAGUGAUUCUGCCAUGGAGGAUAUAAUGAUAUUCUUUUACCAGCUGGACUUGGGGACUCGUGUUCAGUAUGCACUGAAUGUGGAGCAGUACGAGAUUGCGCAACAACUAAGGAACAAACUUACUGAGGUUGAUGCUGAAGUUAUCAAGCAACAGGAAGCAAAAAGAGGAUCUGCUUCUAAAAGUGAGGCUCAGGACAAAGCUAUAAGCAUCUUACGGCUACGGGCAGACCUACAGGAUGCAAUUCAGAGUGAGAAUUACGCCAAGGCAGCUUCACUACGUGAUGAAAUUUCUAAGCUAGAGUCACAGUCUCUGGCUGUAUCAAUUAAGGCUCAGGCCUAUAUCAAUACUAAGUUUGCAUUUCGUUUGGGUCAGAAACUUAAGCAUAAGAAGUUUGGAUAUCGAGCUGUGGUUUGUGGUAUGGAUCCUGUAUGUACCGAGUCAAGUUCAUGGAUGGAAAGUGCACAGGUUUCAAAGUUGAAGCAUGGUCCAAAUCAGCCAUUUUAUCAGGUCCUGGUUGAUGUUCGUGCAGAUCCCAAUCUAUUAGUAGCUUAUGUGUCAGAAGAAAAUUUGCUGGCUCCGGAACAACCAGAUACAGAGCGAUUUGAACAUCCUUAUGCCCCCUUUUUAUUCUACGGGGUGGAUGCAGCUGGGGACUUCAUACCAGUCAAGCAAUUGCGAGAGAAGUACAACAAACCUAGGCAUGAAGUGCCAUAUGGUCCACAAGAUGAAGAAAAUGGACAAGAUGGUUAAGACAGUUUCAGCUGCAUAUUCAAGAAUCAAGAUCUCAGAAACUAUGUGCAGUCAAUAAUAAUUAAAAUUCCCGUUUUCCUCAGCCUCAUCUCAGUGUAAAGAAUUGAUCGAUCAAAUUUAUCAUCGCAGGUCAAAUUAUAAUAGAUCCCUCCUAGCGCUUUUUGCUGCAAUAUGCCGUUAUUUGCUGGCAUAAACCCUGGUAUAUGUAUAUAUCCUACAUCUAGGAGAUUUUAACGCUACUCUUUGACUUGGAAACUUUAAUAGAUUGCUUGGCUCUUUAUAGAACCAAAGUUAUGUGUAGUACAACGAUUUACAAGCGUAAUAGUGCAUGGCAAGCAUUCUGUUUA